AUUGAGCUCGGCCGCAAGAUUUUUCCUGCGUUAUUUUAAGAUGCGCGUUUGGGUAAGGUUAUCGUGUGCAGUUGGAAAUGUAUUCAACGACUUCUAUCGACAGCUCCUCCAGUCAUUUGAGCUUUUAUUCUUUAUGAAAGUUGUUGAACUUUCAGCCUCAGAAGCAGGACUGAUUAUACUUAUUGGAGAAAUUGCAGACGCAUUAUUCUCUCCAAUUACUGGGUAUCUUGGUGAUCUAGUAAACUUACCGUUUCUUUCAAAGAGGAUUGGCAGGCGAAAAUCCUGGCAUCUUUUGGCAACAGUCGUCAUGGCCGUAGCACUUCCUCUUUUGUUCAAUCGGUGCUUUCUUUGUGCUGGCAACCAUCAAAGCUGGCUUCCCCUAUUUUACUUCGGAUUCUUCUCGGCGUUGGUAAACAUAUGUUUCAACAUGGUAGAGAUAAAUCACAUGGCUUUCAUCACAGCUGUUGUCGAGUCUGUAGAAGAGUUCACAAUUCUUGGCGCACUUAGGACUGUAUUUCGCUUCCUGAGUGGUAUUUACAUAUACGCCAUCGCCUGGAGCCUUCUGGGACAAGACAAUGCAGCUGCUCUUGGACCUGACAGCCUGUCAGAUUUUGCGUAUCUCUCGUGGAUUGCUACUGGAACUGGAGUCCUCUUUGUAACCGUCUUUCUCAUUGGCAGCACAAAGGAGCAUCAGAAACGUUUGAGAAGAAGGAGCAGAUUAUCGGGUAUUUUGAACACUCCUGGGAUAUUUGUAACAACACCUUUGGGAAGUGAGAACGCAGGUUCUCUCCAAGACAGCCUUGCUCAUAGAUUUGUGGACAUGAUCAUGGCAUCGUCUCAGUUGGAAAAUUAUAAGCAAGAGAUGAACGAUUGGGAAGAAAGCCAAAGUCGAGAGCUGCAUAAUAGAAAAAAAAGUGUAUUGCAGAAGUUUGUCGCUGCUAUAUUUUCUGAAGGGGAUAACUACAUUGUUCAUGCUCGAUAUAAACCCGUCUUCGAGGAAGAAACGAAGGACCCAGAAAGAGAGGAUACAAAAAAACGUAUGGUCUUAGAAGUACAACAAUUAGAUCGUGAACGUAAGAAAAGUUUGAUGAUGCGGGUUUUCGACGGACUUCUGUCAAGACUAGGACAUGAGGAGGAGGAGCAACCUAAACUCACUGUCGGCAUUGAACACCAAGUUUCAGCAGACAAUGAGCAUGAAAGGUAUCUAGCCGAUAAAGAGUACUGCAGACAUGAAGAGAACGAAACCUUUCGUGAAGAGGAUACAUGGAAAAUGCUCAACAACAAUAAAGCUGUCGACGAAGAGGCGGGAGAUGGUGUAGAAGAAAAGUUCCCGGGCACCCUAGAAACAUCCAUUUUGUCCAAACGUAAGCAAAGAAAACAUGCUAUCGUGAUGACUUCAGUUAAUGGUCGUAAUAAAAACCAGAAGAAGUCUGUGACUUUUGAUGAGCCAGGACUUUCCGAUAUUCCUUCAAUGGAUGAGGGGACACAGAAGAAAUUAAGUCUUGAGGACUUGCCUAAAGACGGAACGAUCCUCAGUGAAAGUGCUCAGAGCUAUUUGGCACAAGAUUGCGCCGAAGAUAACACAAGAGAAUCGGCAGUUUUAGAUGAUAAUCCUGCUCCACAUAGUUUUCCUGUUCUUUCGGAAAUUCUUCCAACUGAGAGAAAACGUCCAAAAAGAAUCAGAGAUUGGCUGAGAGAUCCAAACCUGUAUAGGGUAGCCAUUAUAUUCACAAGUUCACGCCUUGCGCAGAACGCUGUAUACAAUUACUUACCGUUGUUCCUUACAGAGAGGCUGCUAUUUGCAAAGGAAGCCAUCGCCUAUUUCCCACUUAUUCUCCUGAUCAGCGCCACUUUCUCAAGUUUAUUCUGCAACAGCCUGAACAGGAAGAUUGGAAGUAAGUGGAGUUAUCUUUUGGCGGGUUCCCUGGUGAUGGGCUGUUCUGUUUGGAGCUAUUUUCAGACUGUCUCCACCAAGCAAUCAGCUUAUGCAGUGAUGGUUACAAUGGGAAGUGGUCUUUCCGUUAUGGACGUCAUGGCACUUGUCUUCAUUACAGAGGUGAUUGGAGAAAAUAAGGAAACCAGUGGAUCAGUUUUUGCCAUUAUAACUGUGAUUGCGAGACUUUCAGGCGGUACAUUUAUCAUUGGCAUACAGGAAUUUUACCCAAGAGAAAGAAUCAGCUCAAAUGAGGCGGUUGGCAACUACGUGCGACAUGUGUUUGCACUGGCGCCUGGAAUAUUGACUCUCAUUGGAUCCCUACUGGUUUUGCUUUUCCAACCGUCAAGAGCUCACAGCAAAAGUAAAGGCUUCCAGGAUGCCGAGGCUCAAGCUGACCAAUCAUCGUUGGAUAUUCAAGUUCCUCAGCUUCCACGUCAAAGUGAAGCAAUUCCAGACGUCCGCCAUGAUGAAAAUAAAAUAUCUUUCAUCGCUACUGUGCAUUCUUAUCCCGAAGACACAAAACUGUAAUUUCUUUCGUUCUAUCGCGUAUUCAUAGGUGUUUUCUUAUUUGAACUAUGCAAAGUUUGUUAGAGACAAAACUGCUACCAAUACCCUUUCAAUUGAGAACGUAUUUGUAACUUAUCUUGGUGGUCCCACUAAGGAUUGACGUGACUGACGUGUACUAUCACUUUAAUUAACAUGAUUCAUUAAAUCGGUGUGACAUGAUGACGAUCGGUUACCACAACCUUAAAAGAGGAAGAUAAAAUUCAAACCAAUGACACAAUUGAACCACAGCAAAAAGAA